GAUUAUGGCAGAAAAAGCGUGUUCUUUAGAUGAUAUGUGUGGUAUUGUGGCCGCCGAUAUUCUUAAUCUUGGGGUGGGACAACUUAGUAGAGAUAUAAUCAAAAAUUAUUAUCGUAGAAUUAAUGAUUUAAAGGGUAGCAAAUUAGAUAAAAUAGGUCUAGGGGCCGGCGUGUUUCCUCCCUUUAAACGAGAUCUACUCAAUCACGUUGCUAAAGUCGCUCACCUGGUGCUCGACAAAAAUGUGCUCAUUCCUUGUCUCGGCGCGGGACACGGUGGCCUACCUUUACGUGCAGAACGUUCACCGUCAGGCUGA